AUUUACUGGGCCAUGGUUGGCGAUGGUGGUGAGAGAAAGGUGCCGGCAGGAGAAAGAAAGGUCGAAGGAGAGAGAAGGCCGGCGAAGGUGAGAGAAAGGCCGCGACGGAGAAAGAAAGGCCGUGAAGGAGAAAGAAAGGUUGACGAAGGUGAGAGAAGGCCGGCGAAGGAGAGAGAAAGGCCGACGAAAGUGAGAGGAGGUCGGCGAAGGAGAGAGAAAGGUUGCUGGUGGGGGAUGGCAGGAGGUGAGGGUGGUGGUGUUGGAUCUGAAAUUUGAGGUGAAAAGGUUACCAAUGUAAUUUUAAUUGUUUUGUGGGCGAUUUUAAGUAAUUGUGGGGGCGAGGUUUAGAAGUUCAGCUCCCACUAUUCUUCUCUUUAGAAUUCUUCAAAUAACUUCCAAUCCAUUUUUAUUUCAUUUUCAUCUCCCCACCUUCUCUUACCACUCUCUUUUAUAUCUCCUCCACAACAAACACAAACACAAAAACUAGUAAAUCUAAUCUACAAAAUAACAAAUCAAAACGAUGAAGGCAGAAAAAGACGACGUCGUUUCAGGAUCAACCACCGACAAAUCACGAUUAACCAUCAUCGCAUUCGUAAGUUUCCUCACUGGUGCUUUCUUAAUGUCGGCAUUUCUAACCGUGGGCCGUCGUGAUUGGCCCUCUUAUCUCCUUUCUCAGCCCAACACCAAGCCCAACACCAAGCCCAUUUCAACAUCACCGAUCCAACUCCAAUCAAUCCUUCAUUACGCCACGUCAAAGAUAACCCCACAACAAUCUCUACAAGAGAUAACGGUGUCGUUUAACGUCCUCCGUCAAAUCUCACCUUGUAAUUUCCUAGUUUUUGGGCUGGGCUACGAUUCUUUAAUGUGGGCCUCACUUAACCCAAAUGGGCUCACGUUAUUCCUUGAAGAAUCACCUGAGUGGGUCACCACAGUGUUAAAAGACGCGCCUUUUUUAAACGCUAAAACGGUGUCGUAUCGUACACAUCUUAAAGAGGCUGACCGGUUACUUGCUAGUUACCGGGAUGAACCUUAUUGUUUACCUGGGAAAGCUUACUUAAAGGGUAACCGGAAGUGUCGGUUAGCUUUAGAGAGUUUACCGGAUGACGUGUAUGAGAGAGAGUGGGAUGUUAUUAUGAUUGACGCGCCUAGAGGGUACGCGCCUGAACAGCCAGGUAGGAUGGCUGCAAUCUUUUCCGCUGCGGUUUUGGCACGGUCGAGGAAGCGCGUGGGAAACACGCAUGUUUAUUUACAUGAUGUGGAUAGGAAGGUUGAGAAAAUGUUUGCUAAAGAGUUUUUGUGUAUGAAAUAUAAAGUUGGUGGUGUUGGGAGAUUGUGGCAUUUUGAGAUCCCUCCAAAUAAUAGUAGUGGUACCAAUUUUUGCUAGGUAUCAUUCAUGAGUAUAUGAUUAAUAAUGUACUACUUUACUAUUUAUAUUAUGAUUAUAAUACUAGUAUUAGUUGCUAGUAAUUAAUUCAUAUAUAUCGGAAUUGGCAUUGCUGGUGUUAUAGAAAAGGUUACACAUAUCUGAGUUCUUUUCAGAUGUAUCGAGAGAGAUUAUAUGAAUAUAUGAUGAUAUUGUGUAAUAGGGAGUAUUUGUUA